AUGAUUUUAUCAGUCAGCUACGUUUUUUUGGCGGCAUGUUGUGCGGUGGUUCUUGGUUUCCCCCACUUCGGAUUUAGAAGCCCACUAGACGGGGCAAGAGAUUUCGAAUCGUCAGGCAACGGAGUAGAGGAACCUAUUCAGGGAAGAGUAAAAGUAGUCGAAAUUAGCCCUAAUUUUCUACGUCAGUCCUCUUUGUUCAGAAGGGGGACCUCUAUCGGGAACAGUCAAAGCCGAAGAGGGCCUCUUCCAGCCUUUUUGUCGAUGGGGCGACCGGGCCCUGCUCCGUCCAACAAGGCAACGCAACCCUCUGCGCCGUUCCAGCUCUUUGGCGCGGAUAUGAAUAGAAAACUAGGACAGGCGAUGUGGCAGAGGAUGAUGGACAAAAACACUCAAGACAAGGAGGUGUUGGCAUUGCCCAUUAACCCAAAAGACAGCUCCAAGCAGAGCUGUGCUGCAGUGCCUUUCGCGCAGCGAGUGUCCGCAGCGGGCUGCGAGGCGGUGACGGUGCAGAAUAAAUUGUGCUUCGGUCAGUGCAGUUCAUUGUACGUGCCACCUGGCGGGGAGUCUGUUGGACAAACGACGGGUGCUGGGAUCAGCUCGCCCUGCUCCCGCUGCGCCCCCUCAAAGGUGAGGUCCAUAGUGGUGUCCUUGCGCUGCCAGGGGAAGGCCGAAACGCAGGCCAGGCGGCUGAUGGUGGUGGAGGAGUGCAAGUGUGAGACAGGCCGCGAGGAGAACAGCGUCGAGAGGACAGGGCUAAAACACUAA